AUAUUUCAUAACCUAAUUUGAUAACGGAAACUACUUCACUCAACUUCACUCGUACGUAACAUCUGUCAGAGUGUACAUCGUUUUUAUAAAUAAUUUAUUUAAUCUUGUCUAUUAAACAAUAAACGAUGCCUGCCGCCCAGCCGAAACCAGCCCCUGCAACAUCCGAAACUCCCGGAAUCAAUGCUAUUCUGCUUGGCCCCCCCGGAUCGGGAAAAGGAACACAAGCCCCUUUACUAAAACAACGUUUCUGCGUAUGCCAUUUGGCCACUGGAGACAUGCUAAGAGCAGAGGUCGAUUCUGGAUCCCCUUUGGGUGCAAAAAUUAAGAAAGUUAUGGAUGAAGGGAAAUUGGUGAGCGAUGACCUUGUGGUCAGCAUGAUUGAUAGUAAUUUGGACAAACCAGAGUGUCAGAAUGGAUUUUUAUUAGAUGGGUUCCCAAGAACUGUUCCUCAAGCUGAAAAGGUAGCAAGAAAAAAUUUUAUAUUGUAAUUUAACAUACAGGGUGUUUAUAAAUUGAUGUGAAA